UUGGAAAAGCCCAGCUGUGUGAGCAGGGUUGCCAUUGCUCCAGCCAGUCAUGUCCUUCAGUGCUACCAUUCUCUUCUCCCCACCCAGUAACAGUGAGGCCACAUGCUGCUGCUGUUCCUGUAAGAAUGAGACCAGUGGGGGCAGCACCGGCUCUCACGGUGGGAACCCUCCUCCCAGCACUCCUAUCACAGUGACAGGCCAUGGCCUAGCAGUCCAGAGUUCAGAGCAACUCCUCCAUGUCAUCUACCAGAGGGUAGAAAAGGCAGUGGGACUGGCUGAGGCUGCUCUGGGUCUUGCCAAGGCCAACAAUGAACUGUUAAAACGUCUGCAGGAGGAAGUGAGUGAGCUAAGGCAGGGGAGAGUGUCUACCCCUGCUCAGGAUGGGGAAGCUGGUGCACAGAGUUCUGCACCUGAAGAGCCUGGGCCUCUCAAGGAGAGCCCUGGAGAAGCUGGCAAGUCUCUGUCUGUGGCAGAAGAGGAGUGUGACAGUGUGGGCAGUGGCGUGCAGGUGGUGAUUGAGGAGCUGCGGCAGCUGGGAGCAGCCUCAGCAGUUGGGCCUGGGCCCUUGGGCUUCCCAGCCUCCCAGAGAUGUGGCCUGGCUGCUACUGAGGGGGCCUCGCUGCUCAAUCCUUUGGUGGAUGAUUACGUGGCCUCUGAGGGUGCACUACAGCGGGUGCUGGUCCCUGCUUAUGCCAAGCAGCUCUCACCAGCCACACAACUGGCUAUCCAGCGGGCAACCUCAGAGACAGGGUCAGAGAAUGGAACCAAGCUGCCACCACCCCGUCCUGAAGAUGUGCUCAAUGCUGCUGCUACGCUGGACAGUACCUUGGAAGAGUCAGGCUCUGGGGGAACUGGGGAGCUGAGACACCCUCUAGGGUUUACUGCCUCCCAAUGCAGGACCAAAGGGAGUGGGCAGAAGAAUUCCAGGCGUAAGCGGGAUUUGGUACUAUCUAAAAUGGUCCACAAUGUCCAUAACCACAUCACCAAUGACAAGAGAUUCAAUGGGUCUGAAAGCAUUAAGUCGUCUUGGAAUAUUUCAGUAGUGAAGUUCCUUCUGGAAAAGCUCAAGCAAGAACUGGUGACUAGUCCCCACAAUUACACUGACAAAGAGCUGAAAGGAGCCUGUGUGGCCUAUUUCCUUACAAAGAGGCGUGAGUACCGCAACUCCUUGAAUCCUUUUAAAGGCCUGAAGGAAAAAGAGGAGAAAAAACUUCGAAGCAGAAGAUACCGGCUUUUUGCCAACCGAUCCAGUAUCAUGAGGCAUUUUGGACCUGAGGACCAACACCUUUGGAAGGAUGUGACAGAAGAGCUGAUGUCAGAUGAAGAGGACAGUCUUAAUGAGCCAGGUGUCUGGGUGGCCCGCCCUCCUCGUUUCAGGGCCCAGCGCCUCACAGAGCUCUGCUAUCACCUGGAUGCCAAUUCAAAGCAUGGCACCAAAGCCAACCGUGUAUAUGGGCCUCCUUCAGACAGAUUACCUUCUGCUGAGGUCCAACUCCUUCCACCAGAACUUUACAAUCCCAACUUCCAACAGGAAGAUGAGGGAGGUGAUGAGAAUGGACCUGUCUCCCCGUCUUUUGAUCAGCCCCACAAAACUUUCUGCCCUGACUUGAACUCAUUCAUUGAAAUCAAGGUAGAAAAGGAUGAAUGAAAUCAGUAGCUAAGAAUUUCUUUGAAUUCUACCACUCCCCAUUUCCCAGGAAAGAGUAAUUGUGGGGCUU